AUGAUGACAUACUUAAAUUGUGGUGUUUUAUAUUUCAAAACACUUGAUGAUGUUUCAUCGAUCAAAGUUGGUUUACUUUCUAUUUCAGCAUGUAAUUCUAAUAUUUUAAUACGUGGCGGUUGUCUCGUACCAACUAUUAUCGAAUACGCAGGUGUUGGUGAUGAAGAUGAAGAUGAACGAGUGUGUUCUGUUUUAAUUGUUGCUGUUUUUAUUCCACUAUUUACGAUGUUAGGUGGUAUUGAAGAGGAAAAUGCCUGA